AUGGAUAACAGCAGUAUCUUCAGAAGCCCUCAGAGAUUCAAGCGAGAACCACAUAAUGUAAAAGAGGUAAACCCUAAUAAGGACUUUAAUAUUAUCAACUCUCAAUAAGUUUGCUCUAGUCUUGGGUGUUGUUCAGGCCGAAACCAUCUUCUCCGUGGCAACCACGUCAGCAGCCAGAUACGUGUCCGACAGCAGUUCUGAAAACACGACAAGACUCGAUGAAUCACUCACAGACCUUAUCAAGUACGUGUCAGAUAUGGAUAAGGCAGCAAGGCUAACUCUGAAGAAUCGACUGCUCCAAGAAUUCCUUUCCUACACCCCUGCGAUCCUAAGUAAGUUUCUCAUUGCACUGGUAUAGACCCGGAGUCACUCCUCCUAGCUUCAGAUGCGAGUACGACAAGCAUUGUGACGAGAUCGAAAUUCUACAGGCUUCUUUUCAAUAUAGCCCAUCAUAACAUUCCGUUAAGAAGAUUCAUGGCGGGGGAACUUCGACUACUAGGAUCAGUCUUUUCGUGUUUGAAAAUGUCAUUGAGGGAGCAAUUAGGACCACAGAAUAUGAUCGACAUUCUGCGGCUUCUACAAGUGCUCAGCUACGAAAAGAACGUGCCACUCGAGCACUGGGCUAAUGAGUUGAUAUCCUUCUUGAUGGGCGAAGUGUAAGUCUGCGCUCUCUAAAGCGUCCGUUAAUUUUCAUGUUUUCUAGAAUUCGUGAGCCCGAACCAGAAUGGAUGCCCUAUUGCAUUGCAAUUCUCUGCAAUCUUGCUUCGGCUUCAAAGUCGGCUUGUAAACGCAUUAAGAUAUCGACGUCCUACAAAAAGUUCAAUCGGCAAUUGAUGAAACUUCUGCAACAUGAAGCUCGAAUAAUAGUUGUCUCGAGUCUCGUUCUGAUAGGAUAUCUCGAUGAAAAAGUCAGAGAUAUGGUGUACUGCGCCGAAAAUGUACACGAUACAUUUAUGUGCACUUUCAAUGUGCUCACUAUAGGCGAUGACGAUUGCAUGAUGACGAGGCAGAUCGCUGCAGAUCUUCUGAAAAGACUUGUGGUGUCAGAGAGCUCCACGACUCCGCAGGUUCCGACUUUGGCCUCUACUGGCAAGAACGUUUUGAACUACGGUUUUUUCUUAGGAAGCAUUCAGCAGACCGCGAGACUGCUGAUAACACUAGAUCCGAGAACAGAAGAAUCAUCAAAGGUACGGAAUCCGGAUUCUUGCCACGUCAAAAAUUCUGUAGAAAACUUUUUUAACUGCUUUUUCCUUUGCGAACCUUAUCUUAAAAUUAACAUUUAUUAACGUGGCGACCUUCGUGGCUCGGUAAAUUAAGGCAGAAAAGAAGUAUUGCUUUCACAAGAGGUUAUGUAAAAUAUUUGAAGUCACGUGAAGAUUUUUGUGGUUCAUUACAAAGCGGAAAAUUUUCCAGGUAUAUGACCUACUUCUAGCUUUCUGUUCGCUACAAGCGCUCCGUUCGCCCGUCUGUCACUCUAUUAUCCGAUGCUCUCCAACCGAGUCUCAGCUGACUACUCCAUUGAUGGCGAUAGCUGAAACUGCAUCUCUUUCUAUAGAAGAUCAUAUAAACGGCGAAGUCCCUCUGAAAGCCCUCAAGAUGCUUUCAUAUUUGUUCAAGGAAAUAAUUGAACCACACGAACGACUGCUUCCCGACAUCCCUAUAAGCCAGAUCGCUGACCUCAUCGCAAGCUGUGUUCGAACGAGCAUCGACCUCGACUCCGAAAAUGUCAGUCAAUCGUGUCAGCGACUACAGUACGGCCUCAGAUUAGCAGAAGUCUGUAGUCGGGACGAAGACUGUCGCAGCAAUCUCCUUACCGUUUGUAACGCUUUUCUGUGUCAUCAAAUUGCGGACUGGCAGUUUUUAAAAAACCCAGUUGUUCUUUUUUUGACUAAACCCCCUCGGCAACGAACAGAAAAUCUGGAAGGAUGGACCAUUCACGGAAUCGCAAUUAUUCUCGAAUUGUGCCGUUUGUUAGCCGUGCUCAAAGAUCAUUCUAAAGUGCAUAAGGAUCAAUAUUGGCAGCUUUUGAAGGACGAGAGAAUUAUACCGUUCCUUGCUUUCGCGAUUUCCUUUGGCGACAAGGAAACAGUGCAACACGCCUUCCUGACCUAUUCUCACUGUGCUCAAGUUCCCGCAUUCCCUAGUCACAUGUAAGUUCCUUGUUUUCACGAAAAAUGCGUUGUAUUCCUUUCCAGGCUCGCAGAAAUGGUCGCAUCUUGUAAAGCUCAAAACAUCAAAACCUCAGAUGACGACAAAAGAUUCAGUCAAUCAGAUGACAAACCCAAACACGAAUUUGAUCGUCCGCGUUCUGUGGAACCAGAUGAGAAGUCACAAAAAGCGUUGGAUGACCUUCUUCGAAAAGUAUCACUUGAAGGUUCCUCACUGAAAGACGCUAAAACUUCGGAGCUCUUCGCAGCAUACGAGAGGAAGAUUCAAGUGCUUCAGGCAAGAGAACGUGAUCUGGAAAACUUUGUGAGAGCUAAAGAUGAUGCUCUUGCACAAAGUGAAAAGCUGCGUAAUUAUCGUAGUGCUGGAAUAAGUCACUUGCCAGAAACUGAGAUAUCAAAAAUUAGAGAGAUCACACAGGAAUGUGAGUCCUUACGUGAGCAGAACAGACAACUCUCCGACUUUUUGAAAACUAGAGAAGCGGAAUAUGAAAAUAGUGUCCUUCGAUUUUCACAAGAAUGCGAAAAACUGAAGAUUGAACUAAAAGAUUCCAAAAAUACGGCUGAAUCUUAUCUGUUGUCUUGCUCGGCGCUCGAAACCAAACUCAGCUUGUCUAAUUCCGAGAAGAUUCAACUAAAAGCCGAGCUGGAAAGUGAGUAGCAUAAUUUUUUUUUGGAAAAAUCGAAAAUUCAGACGCCACUGUGAGAGCUGAAAGAGAAGCGCAAUCCAACCAAUCGGAAAUGUCGAAAUUGAAUGCGCAUUUGGCUGAAAGCGUGGCCCGUGUUGAGCAGUUUUUAAAUGAGGUAAAUAUUUCCCUGGUUUAUAUUUCAGCGUAUUUCGGAUUAUUUAUUUUUUAGAAUAAAGAAGUGAAGCGUCUAUUCGAAGAGAAUUUGGUGGAAUGCGAAGCGCUCAAAGAACAUGUAAGCAGCAAUUGUCCCUCCACAAAAGAAUUGAAUGUUUCCAGGUCAAUCAGGCAGAGUCGCAGUUGGCCAACAAGAAGUACGAUCUGGAAAAAGCACUCGCUCAGGUCUGCCAGUUUUUUUCAGGGGCUGUGAAAAAAUGAUUGUUUUCCGUUUUUUUCGACUUUUCACGUCAAAAAAUCCAAUUCAGCGAUGUAGAAAAAACGAAAAAAAAACGGAAAAUAAGCAUACGCUGAAUAGCCCAAUAAUGAUUCGGGGGAGGCUACGCCGAGCCAGAACUGUCCCGUAUAAGAACUGUCCCGAAUCAGAACUGUCCCGGAUCAGAACCUACCUUUAGGUAGUUCUUGUUCCAAAAAGUCAUGUUGUGACAGGUUCUGAUUCCGGACAGUUCUGAUACGGGACAGUUCUGAUACGGCACUUCUGAUUCCAACAGUUUUGAUCCGGGACAGUUCUGGUUCGGCGUACACUCUAGACGGAGUAAUCUUAAAUAAUAAAAAAGGCCACGUGAAGCUUCACUACGUACUAAACUCAAUUCAUCGCUAUUGCCCCUCGGUGUUUGCAGACGCAAGCCAGAUUUUCCUGAAAUUAGGCUUGAGUCUGCAAACAUCGAGGGGGCAAGAGCGGUAAAUUGAGUAUAUAAAAGUAGUGCUGCCACGAAUCGGAAUUUCCCGAAUCAGAACUAUUUUCAGUGCUAAUUGGUUCUGAUUCGUACCAGUUCUGAUUCGGGAAGUUCCGAUUCGGGGCAGCACCGUAAAAGGUGGAAGCUUUUGCGAAUGAAUGGUAUAUUUUCCUCUAUUUUUCAUACACCCUCCCUAAUAGUAAGCAAAUACAAUCCAUUGUUGCUCCUUUCACGUAGCGUAUCUCGCUCAUUCGCUAUUUUUCUGUUUAGGCAUCCAAUGCCGAACAAAGGAUAACCGCGAAAGAGAUGGAGCUGGCAUCCGCCGAGAAACAUGUGAGUUUCAAUGCAAUUUCCGCCAUAAAGAAAUACGAUGAUUUCCAGCUAAAAAUGUACGAAGGUCGGUUGUCGGAGAAGGAAAGGGAAUGCGCGAAGCUGGAGACUGAAGCCUGCGGUCUGAGGAUAGAGCUGGAAAAAGAGCGACAGGAGUUACUAAAACUGAAGAAGCUCCGAGAAGCAAUGUUAACUCUGGCUUCUUCUAACAUUUAG